UUUAUCUUCAAGUUUUGUAUAAUUCAGCAUAUAUUAGAGUAGUGUCCCGAUGACUAUUGAAUUAGAAGAACCUCCAUUGCUUCAAGAUAAUAAGCAGGUUAUUAAAGAUUUAUUUGGGGGAACUGUUGGUGGUAUUACCCAAGUCUUAGUUGGUCAACCAUUUGAUACCGUUAAGGUUAGGUUGCAAUCUGCCCCAGAAGGUACUUAUAAUGGUGCAUUGGAUGUUAUUAAGAAAUUGAUAGCAAAUGAGGGGCCCAAAGGUUUUUAUAAAGGGACUUUGACUCCAUUAGUUGGGGUUGGUGCUUGUGUAUCGGUUCAAUUUUCUGUCAAUGAGUUUAUGAAGAGAUACUAUAAUGAAAAAUUGAAUGGUGCUCCUUUAAGUUUAGGUCAAUUCUUCAACUGUGGUGCAAUUGCAGGUUUUGCCAAUGGGUUCUUGGCCUCACCAAUCGAGCAUAUUCGUAUUAGACUUCAAACUCAAACAGGUUCCACCAAGCAAUUCAAUGGUCCAAUUGAUUGUGCUAAAAAAAUUUUUCAAAAUAAUGGAUUAAGAGGUGUAUUCAAGGGAUUACCGCCAACCUUGUUUAGGGAAGGUGUUGGGUUAGGUACUUACUUCACCACCUAUGAAGCUUUGAUCGCCAAAGAAUUGGCCAAAGAUAAGAGUAUUGUCAGGCUGGAUAUUCCCGGCUGGAAAUUAUGUUUGUACGGUGGGUUAUCAGGUUAUUCCAUGUGGAUCAGUAUUUACCCAGUAGACGUGAUUAAAUCCAAAUUACAAACAGACUCUUUGACUAAACCAACUUAUAGAAGCUCACUUGACGUCAUCAAAGAUAUCUGGUUAAAGAAUGGUAUCAAAGGGUUUUAUAGAGGUUUUAUUCCAACCAUUUUGAGAGCUGCUCCAGCAAAUGGUGCUACUUUUGCUGCUUUUGAAUUAACCAUGAGGGUUAUUUCUUAGUGCUAUCUUGUCUUUGUAUAAUAGUUUUUAUGUUAAUAUUUAUAUUUAUUCGCCAUGUCAUCAUCAUUUAUACUCUGAAAAUUAAGGUAUGCACCCAGUAGAGCUCAUGCAAAGCUACGUUUGAA